GUUUGUGUCUGGACAAGAGCUGAUAACAGCUGGAACUAUGUUAUAAAGAGGAGAAUAUUAAACUGCGUGUUGACAGCUCCAUCUGCUGGUGACAAAACAACUUGGCAUGAUUCUCUACUGGUGAUAAUUUAGCCAAUGACAGACGAAAAAGAAAAUGAAAGUAUAUUAUGACUUUGUUGAUUCAUUGUUGAGACGCCAUUACAGGGUGAGAGACCUUUGCUGGAAAACGCAUGAUUGAAGGACUGUAAGCAGAAAGUUGAAGAAACAAUAACUCGGUGAGUCUUGCUGUUGUUGCAUAUGAAAUGGCUGAGAGAGCUCUCUUUGAAAGUUACCUGAGUUGCCAUGUGUGUUCAGAGACUUUCAGAGAUCCUGUGUCUCUGAGCUGCAACCACAGCUUCUGUUCAAGCUGCCUGAAGAAAUUCUGGGAACAAGCUAAAAACAAAAACUGUCCCAUUUGUAAAAGAAAAUCUUCAAAGGAUAUUACAGGUGUAAACUUUGCACUGAAGGAACUGGCUGAUUCCUUUGCUGGGAGACAGAAAUCUGGAUCAUCUGAGACAGAACUGGGAGAGAAGAAGGUGAAGGUGGUUUGUAGUAAACAUGAAGAAGAGCCUAAAUUAUUCUGUAAGGAUGAAGAUAGAGCUGUGUGUCCUGUCUGUGAGUUUUCUCUCCACCACGGUCACAAGGUGGUUCCUGUAGAACAAGCAGUCAGUGACCUGAAGGAGCAGCUGAAAUCUGACUUAAAGUCUCUGCAGGACAAGAGGAACAAAUACAAACAAGUGAAGAAAACAUACAGUGAAAUGAUUCAACACUCCAAGAAGCAGCUGUCGUCCACAGAGAGGCAGAUCAGAGCAGAGUUCAACAAGCUCUACCAGUUCCUGAAAGAGGAAGAGGAGUCCAGACUGGCAGCUCUGAGGGAGGAAGAGGAGCAGAAGGGGAAGACUAUCAGCAGAGAGAUGAAGAUGAUUCAGGAGCAGAUCUCCUCUCUGUCAGACAGUAUCUCUGCUGUUGAAGAAGACCUGCAGAAACACAACGUGCCGUUCCUCAGCAGUUAUAAACCCACUCAGACCAGAGCCAGAGCCCAGUGCUCACUGUCAGAUCCACAGCUGCUCUCAGGAGCUCUGAUAGAUGUGGCCAAACACCUGGGCAACCUGUCCUUCAGAGUCUGGCAGAAGAUGAAGGAGAAGGUCCACUUCAGUCCUGUCAUUCUGGACCCAAACACUGCAAACCAAUGUCUCCAUCUGUCUGAUGAUCUGACCAGUGUGAGACGUGGAGACACAUAUCAGCAGCUCCCUGACAAUCCAGAGAGAUUCACUCAGUAUGCAGAUGUUCUGGGCUCUGAGGGCUUCAGCUCAGGGAAACACAGCUGGGAGGUGGAGGUGGGAGACCAUCCUCGCUGGAUUGUGGGUUUGGCUAAAGAGUCAGUUGACAGGAAGGGAGAGAUAUAUGCUUCACCAAAAUAUGGAAACUGGUGUUUAUAUCAUGAUGAUGAUAAAUACACCAAUGGUGAUGGUAAGACUGUCACAGUGAAAAAGAGUCUCCAGAGGAUCAGAGUCCAGCUGGACUAUGACAGGGGGGAGGUGUCCUUCUACGACCCUGAAGACAUGACUCACAUCUACACUCACAGAGACACUUUCACUGAGAAACUCUUCCCAUAUUUUAAUAUUAGAAAGUCUGGUGACGCCAAAACCUCUGAUAUCAAACUGUGUCACACUGAGAUUUCUCUGUGAUGUUCAGGGAUGUUAGUUUUUCUCUCAUGAUGGUUUGAGGUUUACACUCUAAACUCAUCAUCACACUUUAUUAUGUUUUCUUUAGUUCAGAUUUAUUCAUGAUGGUAACUCCUGCUGCUGAUUUUCUUUAUUUGCUUCUUUCUCAGCUUUUAUAUUAAUUAUAUUAUAUUAUAUUAAUUAAUAAAGAUUGAUAUCCAAGAGAAUGUGACAACAAACUGCUGAAGCUGUAUCACAUCAUCAGGAGACAAACUUGAACAUAAACUGUUUUCAACUGAAUCAGAUCAGGUGAUAAACUUUUAUACAGCUACAAAUCAAGACUGAUUUUAAAUUAAUAACUCAUUAGACUGAUCAGCAGAAUUUUGUUUUUACUCAAGCACAGUGCAACAUUCACUGUUUUGACUGUUUCAAGUACUUUAAUUGAAGCUUUUUGAUUUUUUUCUUUCAACAUCAUCAUCAUCAUCUGUUUGAGUUAAGAUUUGUAAUUGAUUAUUAUUUAUUCUUUUGUUCUUCAAGAGAAUUGAUUUGUUGAGGGUCACAGAAACUGAUUUUUCUGUCUCUACUAUCUGAAAUGAACUUUGUAAAAUGGUUUUUAUCUUCAUUUGUUGAAAAUCCAAACUAUUGUUUCUACAUGAAAUUCAUUUUGUUUUUUUUUAAUUCAGAUUUAUUCAUGAUGAUAACUCCUGCUGUUGAUUUUCUUUAUUUGCUUCUCUCUCAGCUUUUAUAUAAAUUAUAUUAUAUUAAUUAAUAAAGAUUAAUAUCCAAUAAAAACUGAAAACAAACUGCUGAAGCUGUAUCACAUCAUCAGGAGACAAACUUUACAAAUCAGAGCUGUUCAUUAUCCUGGUUCUCAGCAUCUUGUUUUGAGUCAAACAACAUUGUGUAGUAGUUUAUAUCCACUGUCCUGAUGCUCUGACUGUUUCACUUCUGUUUGUUAAUCAGCAGUUUUACUUUUUAAUAUUCUGAUUAAUAUUUUGAUGAUUUAAUGAGUUUUAGAUUAUUUUUUUUAUACUUUGGAAACAGGUGUUUUAAUAUUAUUUUAUUUUAAUGUUAUAACUUUUUUGUUGUUUACAUUGUGUACAAUGAAAUGUAAAUUACAAUUGUUUAAUUUGUUUCAUCCAUCUGAAUCUCCUUCCUUGCAUUUUUACUUCUCUUUAUAUUCAGUGUUUUCUAUGCGCUGAGCAAAUAUCCUGGUUAAAACAUGAGUUCAUUUGUCCUGAGUUACUUCUAUCAAUAAACCAUUAAAGCUGU